GAAAAGCAAUGGUAUUCCGAGUUCGCGUACAUGGACGCCAGAGACAAAACGAGUACAUGAAGGGCAGAGACUCAGACAAGGCGAACAAGCGCUGCGCAGCAAGCGUCUAUCAGGUCAAUAGAGCCUGCAACCACGUCUCGUCGGUCUAUCUAGGCACCGACGCUGGCAGUCCAACCUAUGCCCUCCCUCACCCUAACCUCAUCUCUCACCUCAGCCAUAUCUCUCGGCCGCUCCUCGUCCUCCGCAGUGAUGCCCCAUCUCUCGCCCGCUCCUCCCCUCCCAGCUUCCCCCCAUAUUACAUAGUGCGCUUCUCGAUCCAACGCGUACGGUCCAGGAUGCCGCGUCUCCAUCGACACUCACCCAAACGCCUUCGGCCGUACCUCAAAACUCUGAGCGGCGCAACCUCGCUCAAGCCAGAGGACGACGGGCAGUCUUCCAUCUCCCUUCCUUUCCCCAUUCCCUCCACUCACCACCCCCUCUCAUUCCCCUCGCCCUUCCCCUGCCACCCCUCCCUUCCUCUCCCCCGUCCACCCCCUCUCCACGUCCUCUCCAUUCCACUCCCUUCCACCCAUCGCCUCCUAUCCCCUUCCACCCCUCGUUCCCCUCCUCCCCUCACGCUUCACUACAAAACCCGUCGCCUCUUCCACCCCCUUCCAACCUUUUUCCCCUCCCCUGAGACAUGCUGCGCUUGAGUGAGCGACAGGGGCGACGAGGGAGCCACAGGGAGACGAGGGAGCCACGGGGAGACGAGCGAGCCACGGGGACGGCUGGGACGGCUGGGACGGCUGGGGCGACUGGGUCGUAGGGGACGACGAGGGAACGACUGGGACGACUGGGACGACUGGGACGAAUGGGUCGAAGGGGAUGACUGGGACGAGCGACCCACAGGGACGACUGGGACGAGCGAGCCACGGGGACGACUGCGCUCGAGCUUCGGCGGACGACCAUGCACCCCAGUUGGCGGACGACCAUGCACCGCCCCCCAGUCGGCGGCCCAUGCCCCUCCCUUCCCCCCCCCCC